AUGUCUGCAUACCCGGUCGCCUACAAUGGCUCCGCCACCGGAACUGGGGGUGAUUCGUUGACAGAGGAUUUGAACAUCUAUUACAAUGCUGGUGAUAUCGCCUGGGUGGUAACCUCUUCGGCCCUGGUGUUGCUGAUGAUUCCGGGUGUUGGGUUCUUCUACUCGGGUCUGGCGCGUCGAAAGUCGGCUCUCUCUCUGAUAUGGCUGUCCAUAAUGUCUGUUGGUGUUGUGUCAUUUCAAUGGUUCUUCUGGGGCUAUUCGUUGGCCUUCUCCCACACCGCAGGCACAUAUAUUGGGGAUCUGGCCAACUUUGGUAUGAAGGAUGUUCUGGCGGCGCCCUCUGUGGGCGGCUCCAAGGUCCCUGAUAUCCUGUUUGCUAUCUUCCAGGGCAUGUUCGCCGCUAUUACUGUUGCCCUGGCCGUUGGUGCCGUUGCAGAGCGUGGCCGAAUGCUACCAUGCAUCGUCUUUAUGUUCGUCUGGUCGACCAUCAUCUACGACCCUAUUGCGUGCUGGACAUGGAACUCCUCCGGUUGGGUCUACAAGCUCGGUGGCCUGGAUUUCGCCGGCGGGACUCCCGUCCACAUCGCCUCGGGCUCUGCUGCCCUCGCCUACUCCCUGAUGCUGGGCAAGCGUCGUGGCCACGGCACUCACGAACUCAACUACCGCCCACACAACGUCACUCACGUCGUCAUCGGCACCGUCUUCCUAUGGGUGGGAUGGUUUGGUUUCAAUGCUGGCUCUGCUCUGGCGGCGAAUCUGCGGGCCGUCAUGGCUGCGGUUGUUACCAACCUGGCUGCUUCCGUCGGAGGAGUGACCUGGUGUCUGCUGGACUACCGUCUGGAGCGUAAGUGGUCCACCGUCGGCUUCUGCUCGGGUGUCAUCGCUGGUCUGGUGGCUAUCACUCCCGGUUCGGGAUUCGUCACUCCCUGGGCGGCUUUCAUUUUCGGCGUCGUAGGUGCUGUUGCCUGCAACUAUGCUACCAAGUUGAAGUUCUUGCUCCGCGUUGAUGAUGCUCUGGAUAUCUUUGCCGUCCACACCAUUGGUGGUCUGGUUGGCAACCUUCUCACUGGUCUCUUUGCUGCUGACUACAUCGCCCACCUUGACGGCUCUACCGAGAUCCCCGGUGGCUGGAUCAACCACAACUACAUUCAGCUCGGCUACCAGCUUGCCGAUUCAGUGACCGGAUUUGCCUACUCAUUUUUUGGUACCUGCCUCAUUCUGUUCAUCAUCAACCUGAUCCCCGGACUCCACCUGCGUGCGCCGGAAGAGGAUGAGAUCCUGGGCAUUGACGAUGCCGAGAUUGGCGAGUUUGCCUAUGACUAUGUGGAGGUCACUCGUGACAUUGUCAACGGCGUCGAGGCCAGCGACGCCGGCUCAAAGCGCACUAUGACUCCGACGGGAGAUAACAGUGCGACUGUCGACACCAAGGCUUAG